CAAGUUGUUCUUUGAACUCACUUUUUGCUUCAUUCUAUUCACGUUCCAUUGCUUUGACUCGAAAUCCUGCAUUGUUUCAUUGUCUUUGUUUUGUCUUGGGCCGUAAUAAAGACGGUGGCAGAUAGGAUAAUAAAUGACUAAGUGGCAGCAGGUUAAUACUCUUUAAACGACGUGCAGAUUCUCGAGUUAACAUUCCCACCCACUUUCCAAAAUCAAGACCGUCUACAAUUCUACAAUUCUUCCUCGCACUAUGGAUAUGUUGUCGAACUUGUUAGAUUCUUGGGGCCUAAAUCCGCCCUCCAGACUCAGGCGAUUUGUCUUUGAUGUCGUUGCUUUCCGAGACGAGUUGGCUCGAACGCACCCUAAACAAUGGUCAUUUGUGAUGAACGCUAACGCGUCCAUUCUAUCUACCAAACAAAACAUGACGUUCACCUACGCCAUUUCACGUUCUGACCCAACGCGCCUGGUCCAAGUCGACAUCUCUGGCGAGUUCUGGGAACUCGAUAUCCACUGUGACGCACCCAACAGGGACCCGGAGGUCGAUAGAAAGCUUCUCGAGAACGAAGCGUGGGUCGACACCAAGUCUAUUGGGCCUACCCAUGUCCGGUGUAAGGCGUGUAAAGAGCGCGUCGAUUUCUUCCACCAUAAUUUUUAUUUUAGAGAGUGGCAGGACCAUAGGGAUUAUUGCCCGGUGAUUAUGCAUAUGAUGAAGUGCUAUGUUUUGAUGACGCUCGUCAACCAGACUCGGAAUAGGGAGCUUAUUUACCCUCCGAAUAGUCGCGAUCCGCUUCUGCCUGCGCCUAUUUGUAGAAAUCUCCUUUCGUAAUGUUGUCGCAGUGAUGUUUUUAUACCAUAAUCGGUUU